GCCACCGAGCGCGGCGAGGUGUUAGGUUUCUGGGUGCAUCGUGACCAAGUUUCUUGGCACUUCAACAAAGAACGUGAAUGGCAGUACUUGUCCAACUAUGACUAUAACUACUGGUUCCCGAGAGACCAAGGCAAGGGAUACAGCAAGGACAAGGGCACGACCAAGCAUGUGAG